UCAUCAGUUGGCAAGCACAAACCACAGGUUUAGGCACCCAGGGCGACCUGAGAUACACACAUAGCUUCGACACGGCGCUGCGCUUAGCAAGAUGGCCAGGGAUAGAGCGAUGCACAACUUAGCGGGUCGUGCUCUAGCGAUCGCGGUGGUGGAAAUAUUGGCGAUGUUGAGGAGCAUGGAGGCGGCGUCAUACACGGUGGGAGACUCCGCUGGUUGGAGCACCCCGGGGAACGGGGCCUCCUUCUACUCUAGCUGGGCGAGCGGCCACACCUUUCGUGUCGGCGACGUUUUAGUCUUCAACUUCAUUGAUGGCCAACACAGCGUUGCCGUCGUCUCGCCGUCGGACUUCAACAGCUGCAACACCGCUUCUCCAAUCGCUCUCCUGACUAGUGCGCCCGUGGACUACACCAUCAACACCACCGGGACCUUCUACUUCAUAUGCACCCAUGACUCUCAUUGCUCGCAGGGCCAAAAGCUGGCCGUCACAGCCGGCACGGCUUCUGGCCCCACCACCAGCCCGCCCGGCACCACCACUCCGCCUCCUCCUCCACCUCCGGGCCAUUCUGGCACGGGUUAUCUGUACGCCUCAGACCGUGCCGUGUUUGCUUCUGUGGCCUUGUAUUUUCUCAUGAUGUAGCUGGAGCACUGGGGUCAAAUUGACUAGGACUACUAUUUGUGCGAAUAAGAUUAUUGUCUAGCGUGUGUCAUGGUAUACCUACGUUUUGUCGUUCUCU